GUCAGAACAGUUAAGCCGCUGUACCUGUUCUACAUCAGAGCAAAAAGAGCGUCUUUCCUGGGGCGAAGUACACUCCCACCCUUUUGGGUUUCGCCGUUCGUUCUGUGUAUUGGAGGCUCCAGGGCUGCUGGGGAGGAGCGAGGCUCGUCUUUAUCAGUAAGACAGCGCCGCUGCUCGAGCUCUACACUGACCGUCUGCCGCGCGCAAUCACCGCUUGAUCGGAACCCGCGCGGAGUCUCUCCGUUAUCUCGCCGUGCUCCACUGCAGCAGAAGGGCAAGAGGAACUCCUGAUAGGAUCACUCAUCUUCGCUGACCCUUCCUGGGAGAAAAACACGGACUUAACUGACACCUGUCCUGGGAAAUACUUAGUCGAAGACCUUUGCGUGUAGCUCAGUGGAAGACAGAAGUUUUAGCCGUCUGUACCGUUGAACGUUUGUAAUCUUGGAACUCGUGGCUGCUGUUCGGUGAUGAUGGGACCGUGGCUCGUCUCCAUCGCCCUCUGCGUACACCUCGCUGUCCCGCAUCUCGUCAAAGCAACAGAUGGUGAGGAUCCGACUUCAGCAGGACCCUGCCAUCCAAACCCUUGUCACAAUGGAGGCACCUGUGAAAUCAGUGAAACGUUCAGGGGCGACACAUUCAUUGGAUAUGUCUGCAAGUGCCCAUCAGGCUUCAACGGAAUCCACUGCCAACACAAUGUUAAUGAAUGCGAAAGAAGCCCCUGUAGAAAUGGGGGGAUCUGCACAGAUCUGGUUGCGAACUAUUCCUGUGAAUGCCCAGGGGAAUAUAUGGGAAGAAACUGCCAGUACA